AUGUCUCAACGCUACCCUCCGCCUCGUGACAGAUCUCCGCCCCGACAGUUCGAUAGACGAAGCUCCAGCACUUAUACUCCCCUCGCCGUCUCAUCCUCCUAUAGGCCUUCUAACGAGCCUCCUCAACCGUCUUCAGACCGUCUGCCACCUCGGGGUCCACGAGCUGAUUCUUUUCGAGGAGGAUUCACUUCCGCUCCACGUGGUCGUGGCGGAUCAUUUGCACCAAGAGCCGCUAAUUCCUGGGACCGUGACAGAGAACGCGAUCGCGAGCCCAGAGCUCAACAAGGUGCCUUCCGUCGAGAUGAUGACCGCUCGGACUGGUCUCGUCGCGACGAUAGACCACCUGCUUUCAACAGGGACAGGUCAUAUGUAGGCCGCGAAAGGUCCGCUUCACCAGCUCGGCCGCGUCGCGACUCUAAAGAUAUCAUUAAUCCUCCUUUCAGCAGGGCUCAGGACCCAACGCCUACCUACUUUGGUGGCAGUAUACGUGGUAGUACAGACCGAGGACGUAGUCGUGGUGGAUUGGAUCGUAGUCGUGGCCGGAGCUCUUUCAUUGGCGAUCGCGAACGAGAUCUCUUUCCUAGCAGAAGUCGAUCGCGUGAUGGCUGGCGGGAUCGAGAUUUUGAACGACCAAGAAAUGUUGGUCCAGAUGUUGACAGGAGUGGUCGUUUUGAACGUCGAGAUUACGACAGACCAACAGAGAGAGAUGCCCGGUCUAGGGAUCAUGAUAUCUGGCAACGAGAUCAUUCACCUGGUCGCAACAGUGUUGGCAAUCGUGCCGUAUCACCCGGGGCAACGUCCUCUAUCAGCCAAGAUCGAAAACUUGACUACGACUUGAUCAGGAAACCCUUGACAUCGUCAAUACUACAGGGAAGAGACGCAAGGCGGGAGACCGAGGCGGAUUAUUUCACUUCACGAAACGACAAUAACCGACGCGAGCUGUCAUUUCCUCAGCCUGCACCCACUCAAGCUGUGCCUCAGAGCUCUUCUCUCGGAUUGGAUUAUGGUCCGCCUCCACCAUCAGCCCCAACUACAACACCUUCUGCGCCAGUAGCUGAGAAGCCCUCACAACCACCCAAGCCGUUCAAAACAGAGCCUGCUUCCACGACGCUGCCGUUUCAACCACCGAGUGGACCUAAAGCUGCACGCACUGCGCCCUCUGCCAGUACGGCUCAAGUGCCUCAGCUGCCUGUCCAACAGAGUGAGGUAAGACCCAAGCCGGAGAACACUAAUCGUGUACGUCCACAAUAUAACGACACAGCCAAGGAUAGCUUCAAUGACCCUCCAAAAGGCCCAGCGGCAGAUUCGUCUGUUGAGCGUGUGUCUUCGGUAUCUGUACACGCUGACCGUCCUCUGCCGUCAAAUGUGCCUUCAGGUCCUCGACUUGGCUCCGGACCCUUGUACAAGCCGAAGACUUCACCUAUUGCACAGCAUGGCUCUUUGCCUCCCGUUCAAUCGAAGUUCAAUCAAGACGUACGCAGCAUACCUAAUGCGCCCACAGGACCUCGCAGUGCGUCGAUCCUGCCACCGUCUGGCCCUCGGGGCUCUCUACCUAUUGGUCCUGCAAGCUCUCAAAACAGUCCCUCCUCUGCAUCUUGGAGACGGCCACAAAUAGAGUAUCGACCUCAAAAACCCUCGAUCAUGAGCCAUAUGAACAGGCCACAUAUGAAUGAGCGUCCGCCCCCUUCGGCCGUACAACUAUCACCCGAUCAAUCGCCUAAAGCAACCACUAGGCAAUUACCACCUACAGAAAGACCUGUGAGAAGUAGUACGAUCAACACGGAGAAGAGGCAAAGCCCUGUUCCUGAAUCUGGGCGAGACACGACUACCCUUCUUGACACAGAGAUGUCCGGGCCAGCUUCUGAAGAGGAAUCUGCAGAAGAUGAGCCGGAAAGCGAGCUUGAUGAGACCUCUUACGAAGAUUCCGAGAAGAGACAUGCACGGGAAAUGGAGUUACUCAAGGCUAAAAUGCCGUUACCCUUGUUGGAGGACUCGAAAGUCGUUGGUCUGCUAAUUAGGAUCCAACUCCUUGGAAUGAUCGCAGAAGGUCUCGUUCCGGACGAUGUUCAAACGACAAAAGACGUGAAGGAUGUCCAGAUGAGCGAUGCACCAGCAGAAGGUCUUCCUUCGCCGCACGAAACGUCUGAAGAGACACAAACGCCUCCUCUCAUGCAUCCCAAGCCUCGUGGUCGUCCUCUGAGAGAGCCACCCGUCAAUCCCAUACCGACUCCGCCGAUUGAGGAACUUCCUUACCUGCAAAAAGCUUCUGACGCCGUUGAAGUCUUUGACGAACCGAUCGAAGAUGAAGUAGAAGAGGAAAAAGUCACCACACUAUUGCGAACACAGUUCGAACAAGAAGCGUGGGAGGAAAAGGACGACCUUAUUGAACUAUCUGACUUCUAUCGCCAGAAAUUCCCAGAGUGGAAAUACGAGAUUGAUAAGUAUGAACGGAUGAGAAGGGACAUUGAGGCAACGCCAGAUCCAGGGUCUCCUGGCGCUCAAUCUUCAGCAUCGAUCCCGCCCUCAGUUGAACGUCUUACUGGUAGAGCAGCACGAAAUGCGACAGAGUUUGACAUUGAAAAGGCCAUCUUAAUGUCGCAGCAAUCAGCAAGAGAAGAGGAAGAACGACGUGAAAGGGAAGCCGCUUCAAACGCAAAGCCCAACUACGAGACGGAAGCUUUUGUGCCGGACAUGCUAAAGCCUACAGAACGAGAUUCGUCUUGGCGCUUCAAUGAUACCAAUCGUCUUGUGCCUACCGAGCUUGCAGUAGAACUGAUGCAGUACAUACCUCCUGAGGAUGAUUUCACGGACGAGGAACAGAGCAGAUUCAUCACUGCUUUCUGUCAAACACCGAAAAAGUGGGGUCUCAUUGCCGACCAGAUACCUGGCAGGACGUACCAGGAGUGCAUUGUUCACUACUACCUCACGAAAAACGAGGCCAACUACAAGGAGAUAUGGAGACGUUCGCAACCGAAGAGGAGAAGAGGACGUGCUGCAACGAAGCCCAGAUCUACUGCCUUGCUCUCAGAUCUGGCCCUAAACGAAGAUCCCGAGACCACGCCUGCACCAGUCACAGACAGUGGCCGACCAAGAAGAGCAGCUGCUCCAACUUUUGGUGAUAUUCCUGAUGUAGACCCUGCAGCAAUGCCAGCCGCUAAGCGUCUUGCCAUGGCACCCAAAGAUGCGGGUGAAGCUUCAGCACCGAAGCCGAAGGGAAGGAAAGCAGGAACAGCGACCAAGAUCAGACGUACAAAAGCUCAAAUCCUGGCUGACAACCAGGCGGCUCUCGCGGCUCAGAACAAUCUGGAUGGCUCACCUGCCAAAGGUCGUGCACGUGCUAUAUUGCGAGCAGAACCCUCCAAACCUGAGUCCGUCUUGCCUGUUACCGAACCUCAACAAUUGACUCCAACUAUGCUGCCACUUGCUGCAGCACCUGUGCGGCCACGAUCACCUCCACCACAAACCGUGACCAGCUACUGGUCUGUUCCUGAACAACAGAAGUUCAGACAAUUGGUUGCGUACUAUGGUCGCGACUAUGCUAAGAUAGCAGAUUUCAUGAAAACAAAGAGCCAAGCCAUGAUCAAAAACCACUAUUCAAGAAAGGGUGAUGCAGAACUAGAUCGACUCGCUCAGAUUGCCGAAGAAAAGGUCGCCCGGGGAGAAUCUUUGGGCAAGGCCCCGUCGCCUGUUGCACCUGCCAAACGCAAAUACGACCCAGUACCUCCGAUCGCUCCGCUAGGAAGACCCACGACAGGCAACACUGAAGCACUCCUCGACGUUGACCGGUCUAUGGGUACGACAAAAGUGUCAUCACUUGUGGAAGAUUUUCCUGCGAACACUUUACAACGUGAUCCUACUGGUAACAUCGUCACCAAGGCAUCUCCACAUGGGGAGAUACUGCAGCAUAGCCCGCUCGUGUUGCCCCUACAGGCGAAAGUUGAGGAUGUGGCUCGUGAGCGGCCAUUGCUCGCACAGAAGAUCAUGUCAGGGCCUCAACGGGGUCAGUUCACUGAUGAAGCAUUGCACUCACAUAGUCAGCAACGACAACACCAUAACGUCAGCGAUUACAUACCUCACCAUCAUCCUCCACAAUUAGUUGACCUCAGAGCAGCGGAUGUCGCAGUGUCCCAGACACGAGACAUGGCGAGUCAGCCUCGAGAUCACCUUCUGCAUGCUCAGUCAGGAUCGCAGCUUCCACGCUAUAGGGGUCUUGAACCAGAUGGACCAAUUAGACAAGCACACAGCCGCAAUACGAGUCUUGUUGGAAUGCCUACGACUCUUUCUGAACCACAUGCUGUGGACUCGAUGGCAAUGCAACAGGAGAGGAACAGGCUGUACGGUAUAGGUAUCUCGCAGUCACCUCGGGCUCAACCUAUGCAAGUCAGUGUGGCGCCAAGGCCAGAAGCUUUUCUAGCAUUCACCUCCGCGCAACAGCACUAUCAGCAGCCACCACCACAGCAGCAGCAGCAACGUUCGCCAGUAAAGCAAGAACCACCCAAGCCAUUACCUGCCAAACGCUCUAAUGUCUUUGACCUUCUUAGUAACGAUGAGCCAGAACGGCCGGGUAAGCGAUCAUCCACUGAUAGUGUGCGUCCUCCUCUGCAGACUCCUCCUCCACAUACAAUGUCGCAGGCUCAAGCGUCGUUCACCCCUCGCAUGCAAGAUGAUCUGAUCACCCGUCCAAGCUUAUAUGGAGGACUUGGCCAGCAUCCAAGCCAUAAUACUAUCAACGACAUUCGUGGAGCAUAUUCUAACAGCCCUGCACCCCCACAUCGAGCGGAAGCUUGGCUGGAAAGGUUUGAUCCUCGACAAUCCUUGGCCGAUCGCUCAAGCAAUCCAUCUCCAUUGCAUGCACCGGUUCCUCGGACUCCAUUGGCAGGCUCUAAGCCACUUGGACAUGGCCCUGGCGACAGCCUUCGGAAUAUGGACCCUACAGCUCGACUGAGUAAUCUUGGACGUACUCAGAUAUCGUCGCCUCCUCGGCAGACCUCCACGCCCGUGCCACAGUUCAGACCUGCAUCCGCUGCACCUCAACAGCAUUCGAGAAUCUCCUCUCUGGGUUUCGGUCAAACUCAUCUAGGUCAAGAUUAUCGCGGGUUGCAACCACAAUCUCAACAGAAUCAGCAAGCCCAGCAACCACAACUGCAGCCCGCUGUUAGUCAUCCCCAGUCCGCUAGCGGAACUCCCAUGUCAUCAAUGCAUCAACAUCACCGCGGACAGAUGUCUCAAGACUAUGGAUCCAGGAGGCUCACAAUUCAAGAACAUAAGGCUCAAAACGGGCUUGAUCAGUCUCGGGAUCCACGAGAGGUUGUCGAGCACAGGUCUCAACGAGAGGAGAAUGCACAACGAAGUACACACGAAGCUCACCAUCGACCUAUAGCACUUCCUCCUCAAUCGCAUGAGCCGUCUCGUACAGCACCCGAUCGCCGCGAAUUCUACCGACCAGAGUCUUUGAACCACCAAGUGCCGCCUCCACCUCCAAGGACUUCUCAACUUGGUUCGUUGAACUCAGGCUAUGGUGCACCUCCGUCGCGUACAUACAACAAUACGCCGCCAUUGGCAGGCUAUAACACCGAGCAUCGGUCAAUUGCAGCAGCAACUCACAACCAGCACGCUCACCAUCACCACCACAGUCUGUCGGGUCAGAUAGGUCCUACCUCGUCACAGCAGCAGCAGCAACAGUUACCUCUUGGUCAGAAACCGUCAAUGCAACAUCACCGUCACCAUCAUCACCAGCAAGGUCUUGGACCUCCACCGCAACCUCAUCAAAAUCUUGCACCGCAUGCUCACCAGUCACAACCUGGCAUGCAUCAGCAACCACCUCCGCCUCAGCAAUACCGCGAGCAGCCAAGGUUUGGCCAACCACAAGGAAUGGCGCCGCCUCAAGGCCAUUUCAGAAAUUAUAGCCAAGGCGGCGACGAGCGGAGAUAG